AUCGCGACUCCGCCGAGAGGACGUCUUCGCGUCUCCGAUCCAUUCGCAUCCAGCAGCACGAUGCUCACCAGUGAGCGCGAUUGAGCGGCUCCACCGCGGAACUCUCAACGGGCCCAACUGGCCCAAGGACUGACGGUCAAUUGAUUGCUGUGUUGACGGGUUGUUUGACUUUUUAAAAUUUAUUUUUUUGAAAAUAUUGAGAGUGUACAUUAUUUAUCGAUGACAGUGGUUAUUUCAGUUUGGUGAUGAAACGUUCUUUCACUGGGAAAAAUUAAAUCGAAACAAAAAAACUGAGGUGGAUUCGUAUUGGUUAGAAAAUUAUUGUUGACGCUCCAUCUUCGUUUGGCUGGAAAUCUUUAAGUUUAAGUCGGUUAUCAAUCAUGGACACGCGGCCGGACGUCAUUCACAGACCUCACCGCUUCGAGACGCACGUGGUACUCCGCACCGUCGAGCCGUUCAGUUCGGGACCCGGAUCUAGAGGAGAGUCGGUGGUGGAUAAGGAGCAACACGGUGAGAGGCCCGUCAGCGUGUCCGGAACGGCCGGUGGCCAUAAGCAGUCCGCAGUGCUAUCAGCGGGGCCAUGAGCCGGCGCCCCCGCCUCCACCCCAUUCGCUCAUGGACCACCCCACGACCGUUCGAGUGUUCUUCAGCGUGGGGCCGCGCCAAGAGACCGCGCUCUUCCGCUCCGACACGCCCGCCGAACAGAUUAAAGAUUUGUUCAGAUCAGCAGCCGAGGCAGGACCUCGCGACAUCCUGAAAUUGUACAACACUGCCGGCCAGCUAUUAAACAUUAGUUCGGAUCUAGCUGCAAACACGAAGGAUCUCCCUUAUUCACUACAGGUGGUUGCAGCGAACGGCAUGGCAAUGCUGCAGGAAACUACGGGUGCGGAUCUCAAGGCCCUGGAGUCCAGGGUCUCGGCCAUCGAAAGACAAUUGAAAUACGAACUACCCCUGCCCCAUGCGGUCCAAGAACUUCAGAAAGAAGUCGACGCCUUCCGGGAGAAGCUGGAGACUUCUGAAAGUCUGAGCUGGCUCGGAUUUUACAAGCAACUUCCAGAACCCAUGUCAAGCGAAGAAUUACGUCGGCUUCAGUACAGAAGAAAAAGUGAUUCGGUUAAAAAGCGAGUCAAACAAAAUUUCGCCAAUAUAUGUGACGCACAAGUGUCGGACAACAUCCGGCACUGGUUAAGGACGCCGACGUUCGACGCCCGUCCCUGGGAGGACGAGGAGCUGCUAUUGUUGCUGCAACAGAUGUAUCUCGAUCACGAUCUCUGUUCAAAGUUCGCGAUCGACAUCACCACCCUCCGCAACUUCCUCUACGAGGCCUACAAGAAUUACAACGACGUUCCCUUCCACAAUUUCCGCCACUGCUUUUGUGUUGCCCAGAUGUUGUACGCCAUAUCGUGGUGCGUCGAUCUCCCCUCAAAAAUAGGCGAUUUGGAGGUAUUGAUCCUGUUAACAUCCUGCAUUUGUCACGAUUUGGACCAUCCAGGCUACAACAAUAUUUAUCAAAUAAAUGCCAAAACGGAAUUAGCCAUUCGGUACAAUGAUAUAUCUCCGUUAGAGAAUCAUCAUUGUAGCGUAGCCUUUAGAAUACUAGAAAAUGAGGACUGCAACAUUUUUAAGUCGUUCAGUGGUGAGGACUUUAAGCAAGUCCGGGAGGGGAUCAUAAGAUGUAUUUUGGCUACUGAUAUGGCAAGACACAACGAGAUAUUAACUAAUUUUAAGGAAAUUGUGCCAACAUUUAACUACAACGACAAAGCCCACGUCAAUCUUCUUUGCAUGGUAUUAAUCAAAGUUUCCGAUAUAUCCAAUGAAGCUAGACCGAUGGACGUUGCAGAACCAUGGCUGGACAAACUAUUACAAGAAUUUUUUAAACAGAGUGACGCUGAAAAGCUGGAAGGCCUCCCAGUCACCCCCUUCAUGGACCGAGAAAAAAUAACCAAACCUUCUUCUCAGUGUUCUUUUAUCGGAUUCGUGCUUCUUCCAUUGUUCGAAGCUUUGGGGGAGCUUCUAACUGAGCUACAAGAUUUGAUAAUACAGCCGGUGAGAGACGCUUUGGAGUACUACAAAAGGUUGAACGAAGCUACCAAAGAGGAAAGAGCUCAUAGGAAGAGUAUUGUGGCAGAACUAGAGCAACAACACACACCAUCCAGUCAAAGUCCAGACAGUAUGUCCGUACCCAAAUCCAUAUCAAAUAGCAGCGUCAAAAUGAAGAAGAGCCUCAGCUUCCAACAGACCAGAUCACGUUCUAGGUCAACCGAUGAAGACACAGAGGUCAGCAUUGAAAGCGGAAACGUCAUCGGAGAAGAACAAAGUCUGGAAGACGUGGCCGAAGACCCGGAAAGUGGCGAUUCGGAGACCGCCACUGAAGUGGAGGUUUCCGAGAAGGCGUUGAAAUUUAAGAUAUCCACGGAAAGCAGUGUGGGUACCGGAAGGAAAAGCUAUCCCGGAUCGCGUAAAGGUAGCAGAGAACGGGGACAACACCUGAGCAGUUCAGAACUGGCCAGGAUGAUGCAGCGAGGCAAACUUAGGACCACAGCUUUCAGUUUCGACCAGCACUGCUUGGUUGGCAAUAAAAAAUUGUCGUUCGACAGACCGGAAUUUCUGGACGAUUACGCUGAGGCGCUUACUCAAAAAAUGAUGAGUCUUCAGGACGAUGAAAACGAGGUCGACAAACAGAACGAAGGGGAGUGCGUUUUAUCCAAAGAGACAAUAAACUUGAACAAGCGCAACUCCGAGCAUUCUGUUAAAGUGCCGACGAGCCUGGAGGAGAAGAAGAGCAUUUUAAAGACUAGUGACAAUAAAACCUUCACGAACGAGGAAAAACUAAAAAUGCACAACUCUCCAGUCAAAGACAAAGACGAACUUUCAGUUGUGGAAGAAAAAGUGAACAACACAAAUCAAAAUAGUAUUCAAAAUAAUUGUAUAGAACAGUUAAGCAAAGCCAGUGAUAGUGCAAACAGUAUUUUAGAAGAGACUGAUGUGAAAAAAGUGCCCAUUGAGACAGUGAGUGAGUUAAAAAAUAAUCGAUCUCUUAUGACAAGGUUUAGGCAGUUUACGGACCGAUUUGGACUGUCGACGGAGAAGGACGGCAAAAUCAAAAAUUCUAAAUCACACUCAGUCAAAAACAAUAAUUGUGCCCAAAAUACUACCACCUCCAAAGGUAAAAAACGAGGUGGUGUCCAAUGUUGUAAGAGUCUAGAAGACGUAGACCUAGAUCUUAGUAAAAACACAAAAUCCAGUACACUCCCCAAAACAAAACACUCUGCCUCAAACAAAAAAGGAUGGAAAUUUUUUGUUUUAGGAAGAAACAAAGACAGACCGGACGGAUGGUCCUCGCAACUCGACAUCGAAGACGCCGGAAGCAAACCGGAAACGGACAAUCAAUCCCUACCAUCUACCUCUCAGUUGGCGAGUAACUGUCCGACCGCGAAAACCACCCCACUGUCAUCGCCGCGAAAAAAUAAUGAAAUAAAUAACGACCAAUUGAACAAGAAGUUGAAGGAUCAGGGUCUGUUGGAGACGAAGCUGAAAGAACUAAAAAUCGAGGAGAGCGCAGUGGUUACGGCUGAAAAGGAUCCGAGUCUGAUAUGACAGGAGGUCAGCCCUCCUGACAGGGAGUGUUUUACUAGAUAUAUUUUUUGUCGAUGUUGUAAAUACAGACCAAACGCUGGAGAAAAUGUCUAGAUGUUGAUUGAAGUUUUUUAUUUAUUGUGUAUUUAUUUUUACUGUACAUAUUCCUUCAACGAGUUUUAGGCAGUCGCGCAUAAGAUCUCUGUCACCUUUGGUUGGUUGGAACAGAGGGAAGUUUAUCUUCGCCGGCAAAAAGUCAAUUUUUAAAAAUAAUCAAACUACAAUUGACCAAAUCGGGACUAAUAAAAUAAAAUUUUGCUUAUUAUUAAGACUGAACUGAAAUUAAAUCCAAACAUAGAAAGAAGUAAACUUCGCUCUGAACAAAAUUUAACUUGGUAGAUUAAAAUCUUAUGAAAUUCAUCUAAGAAAUAUACAAAAUAAUUCUAACAAAAGAGUUAAAACAAACAAAAAAUAUAAAUACGUGUUAAUAGAGGGUGCAUUAUUUUUUUCAUUUCUGGAACUGUAGACUUAAUUAUUGCAAACUUGUAAAAUUAUUAUUUUGUAGUAGCUCAAUUAAUUGUGAUUAGAUAAAACUCAUAGUAAAUUAAAAUGUUAUAAUUUAGUUGUUUUGAAAACAAAUAACUAUGAUUGUCGCUAAUUUUAGACGAUGUGCAAUUAAUCAUAACCUGAGCGAAUAUUUUGUAAAAUAUAAAUUUGUUGUAAAUACUUGUUUAUUGUUACAUCCAGAAAUAUGUUUUAAAUAAAUUAAUGCAUCUAAAUAUUUGUUCUUGUUAGUGGUAAAAGUCAUCUUUAUUAACUAUGAUACUCAUUUUGUAUUUGUUCAUGUCAUAUAAUUUGUUCAUGGUUAUUUAGAGCAAAAAUUUUAUCAAAAUCUACAAAUUCAACAUAGUAUAUUUAUAUGUUAAGUUUAUUAGACGAUAUCGUUCGAGAUGUUUAUAUUGGGCAAAUAAUAAAUUUGAAUUGUCCCCUUUCCAGAACUUGAAUUCAGAUUUUUUAGUUGUCCUGUAUAUGUGAUUCUAGUCUUUUAUUAAUGAAAUUUAGAAAUAUUAUUUUAUAUGUGUGCAUUUAUAGUGUUAAGAUAAAAAUAGAAUAAUAUUUUCAUACCAAAUAACUAACUUCUAGAUCUUUAAUUGUAUCUUUUUGUUACUUCCACAACAGUUUAAAAUUUUCAGAAGACAUAUCAGUACACGAUUUUUGUUUAUUUUAUGUAAAGUGCGGUAUACACUCUAAUUGUAAAUGUUUGGGGCUUUGGAACAGUUUGGAUUUUAUUGGAUAAUUUGUUCUUUCUUCCGUUUACUUAACUAUGAUGCAACAUCUAAUGUGGUGCUAGUAAACAAUUCUAUUCCCAAAAUAUCGCAAAACUCUUAAAGAACUUCUUUGAGAUUUGUUUUGUGAACUUCUGAGAGAAAAACGUACUGUUCUCUGUUGUACAAUGAGGACCAUUUUCGCCUAUACCUUUUAUUCUUGUCUAAAGAAAUCUAUAUUCUUCCUAUUUAUUAGAUAAGUCAUGUAUUUAGAGAAAACAAAUCGCAGUAAAUAUUUUACUGAUAGUAUGAUGUCCAUAUGCCAAUGUAAAGUAACGAUAUUUAAUAAAUGUUUAUGAACUGG